ACAGUACUCAGUGUACUCUCCAGCCAUACAUUUUUGAACAUGCUCAGACUGGUCGUGAGGGAUGAAUCAGAGCUCUGGAUGUCUGAGUCCAUGGUCUGGAGGUACAGGGCAGAACAUGGUGAUCAGUUGACUGUUCACUGACUCAUAAAUAAGCAUUUUGAUGGAGACAGAAGGAACCAUUGAGCCAGCCAAUGACACAGCCUAACUGACUGACUGUGAGUGUUCAUGAGUGUUCUCAAUUAUAGGGCUGGUGACGUUCUAAUUCCAUUAUUCCAUUACGACUAAUGAGGGUCCAAUCAGGAGGGUGAUCCAAUGCCAAGUCAUCCCCUUCUCAGUAAGCCACUCUGUCAUUGGUCCAGGGCAGCUGUGGAGCUGAUGAUGAUAAUUAUGAUGAUGAUGAUGAGGAGGAGGAAGAUAAACAGCAGGAGGAGGAGGGCUUGCCUCGCCUCUCUCCUCUCCUCUCUCAUUUCCCCCCAUCCAGACCACCCUCCAUCUGUACUGGCACAUUCUUCCUUCCUCUCACACCCAGCCAUGCGAUGGGGAUUGUGACUUGUCUGUUAUUAAAAAGGAAUGCUCUGAAACAGGGGAUUUGAUUCUGUCUCUGUUUAUGGGGCUAAAGAAAUCUGGGGCUUUUUCCAUAAGCCCAGUUGAGCUCCUAGGCAGGAACAAAAGUAUUUUGUCUUUUUCACUCUUUUCUUUUUUUCUUUAUCAAUCCCUCGGCUCCAAAUCCUCCCGAGCGAGCAGAGAAAGAAAGUCAUAUAAAGACCUUUAUUCAUGGUCUCCCCAUCUGGUUUUAUCCUUAGCUUUUGGAUCUGAAUACAUUUUAAAGUAGACGAAUGACAACGGCGUUGCCAAUGUAUUCACUGUUAUAUGCAGAUGUGAGUCUGAGUCUUAGCUCUGAGAUGUUAAGCAUAUGCGGUGGGGCAAGAGAGAGAGAGAGGAGCACUGUUCACUGUUCAAGGCUGUAUGGAUGGGUUAGGGUUAGGGUUAGGGCUGCAUUGCCUGGCUGGUUGGCUGGUGCUCUAGUCGACUGGUUUAGGCUGGUUUUAAGAGGCUGAUCUCCCCGGCUCUCUCUGCUGAUCUCCCCGGCUCUCCCAAAUGGCACCCUAUUCCCUAUGAGCCCUGGUCAAAAGUAGUGCACUACAGUGCCUUGCAAAAGUAUUCAUCCCCCUUGGCGUUUUUCCUAUUUUGUUGCAUUACAACCUGUAAUUUUAAUAGAUUUUCAUUUGUAUUUCAUGUAAUGGACAUACACAAAAUAGUCAAAAUUGGUGAAGUGAAAUGGAAAAAAUUAUUUGUUUCAAAACAUUCUAAAAAAUAAAUAACGGAAAAGUGGUGCGUGCAUAUGUAUUCACCCCCUUUGCUAUGAAGCCCCUAAUUAAGAUCUGGUGCAACUAAUUACCUUCAGAAGUCACAUAAUUAGUUAAAUAAAGUCCACCUGUGUGCAAUCUAAGUGGCACAUGAUCUGUCACAUGAUCUCAGUAUAUAUACACCUGUUCUGAAAGGCCCCAGAGUCUGCAACAAGCAAAGGGCAUCACCAAGCAAGCGGCACCAUGAAGACCAAGGAGCUCUCCAAACAGGUCAGGGACAAAGUUGUGGAGAAGUAAAUGACUAAGUACAGAUCAGGGUUGGGUUAUAAAAAAAAUAUCCGAAACUUUGAACAUCCCACGGAGCACCAUUAAAGUGAAGCAUGGUGGUAGCAGCAUCAUGCUGUGGGGAUGUUUCUCAUCGGCAGGGACUGAGAAACUGGUCAGAAUUGAAGGAAUGUUGGAUGGCGCUAAACACAGGGAAAUUCUUGAGGGAAACCUGUUUCAGUCUUCCAGAGAUUUACAUUUACAUUUUAGUCAUUUAGUAGACGCUCUUAUCCAGAGCGACUUACAGUUAGAGAAUACAUUUUUAUUUUUUUAUACUGGCCCCCCGUGGGAAUCGAACCCACAACCCUGUCGUUGCAAACACCAUGCUCUAUCAACUGAGCUACAUCCCUGAUUUGAGACUGGGACGGAGGUUCACCUUCCAGCAGGACAAUGACCCUAAGCAUACUGCUAAAGCAACACUUGAGUGGUUUAAGGGGAAACAUUUAAAUGUCUUGGAAUGGCCUAGUCAAAGCCCAGACCUCAAUCCAAUUGAGAAUCUGUGGUAUGACUUAAAGAUUGCUGUACACCAGCGGAACCCAUCCAACUUGAAGGAGCUGGAGCAGUUUUGCCUUGAAGAAUGGGCAAAAAUCCCAGUGGCUAGAUGUACCAAGCUUAUAGAGACAUACCCCAAGAUACUUGCAUCUGUAAUUGCUGCAAAAGGUGGCUCUACAAAGUAUUGACUUUGGGGGGGUGAAUAGUUAUGCACGCUCAAUUAUUCUGUUUGUUUGUCUUAUUUCUUGUUUGUUUCAUCCCAAAAAUUAUUUUGCAUCUUCAAAGUGGUAGGCAUGUUGUGUAAAUCAAAUGAUACAAACCCCCCAAAAAUCAAUUUUAAUUCCAGGUUGUAAGGCAACAAAAUAGGAAAAAUGCCAAGGGGGGUGAAUACUUACACAAGGGAAUACGGUGCCAUUUGGGAUGAAUCCUUUGCUGUCACACACAUCACAUUCUGUAGUUGGUGUGGAUUCAGUAAUCUCCACGAGGCCCCGGCCACCAUCCAUCAGAGUCUUAAGCCUCCUCUCAAUUCAACAUCAAAGCUUCUCUCUCUCUCGCUCUCUCUCGCUCUCUCUCGCUCUCCACACAGCACCGUAACGAAGCAAGCCUUCGUUUGAUUGAAACCCCUGCGUUUUUUAUGCCAUCGCAUCACUCCUUAUUAGCGUCAGCUUGGCCUGUCGGAGAGAGAGAGGCUAUGGCCCGUUAAAUACUAACAGUGCAGCGUAACCUCGCCCUCCGCUACUGGAGGCCUCUCCUACGUGCCCUCCUCUCCUCCGCCAGUUGCCCACCAGUCUUUCCUCUCCUCCUCCUCUGUUCUGGCUGGGGGGAUGAGAGGCAUGGUUUAAGUGGCCUCCAUAGGGGCAGUCCAGCAGAUGGAAGGCAAGUCAAGAGGACGACUGUUGUUUUUGUCUCUGCAUGAGGGACCGGUGAGCCGAAACAGAUAUUUUCUGUCUUCUCUCUCAGAGUGGGGGCUACCGCAACUAAGAGGCCACGUCUGAACUGCUGAAUCAAUCCAGACCCAGACCAAUAGAGCUCCAGCCCUGUUAGACAAGCUUGACGGGACAUGGACCAGUCUAUUUAAGGGGAUCCAUGGGGAGAUGGGUGGUUCAGGUCAGGAUGUCCUGGUUGUUCAAAGGAGUAGGUGUCCCACACGGACAGGCAGCGCCAGGAGAAUGGGUCUGCUUCUUUCAGACAGACAUACAUACACGGUCAUGGUAGAGAGAAAGCGUGAUGCUAGACAGACAGACAGACAGACAGACAGACAGACAGACAGACAGACAGACAGACAGACAGACAGACAGACAGACAGACAGACAGACAGACAGACAGACAGACAGACAGACAGACAGACAGACAGACACACACACACACACACACACACACACACACACACACACACACACACACACACACACACACACACACUGUCCACAGUUCUGAUAGAAAACAGUGUAACCGUUCUCUAACCUUGAUGCUUGGAAAGCUCCUUCUCUUUAGUCUGUUCAGCAUCACAGUCCUUUCAGCCGUAUAGACUCUGUUCUGACUCCCUUCUUCCAAUUGCCUCUUGGCCCUGUUCCCCCUGUCUGGCAGCCGGCUCGGGAAAAUAUAAUAACCAUCAGUAAUGUUACAGCAGUUCAUGAUUACUUUAUGAUUACAUAAUUUUUUUAUGCUACUAUUUGAAAUUCAAUAUAUAUCUUCUGUUUUGAAUAUUAUGAGGAGGCCUAUUCCAUUCAAUAUUCACCUUUAUCCAAUAAGCUCUUGUCUCCCCAUCACAGGAAAUUAAGUUGUCCUGUUUUAUUAAUAGAAUAUAAUUCUGUACUUCUGCUGUUUAUUACAUUUCAGUCAUAGUUAAAUGAGGUGCAGGCUAAAGGUGUUUUCCAAUAGCAGGCUUGUAUUUUUAACUAUUUUAUGUCAUCAGUAAUUGGACUUGCAGAACAGUACUCUUUGCACUAAACCCAAAGUCUUACUGUAUGUACGGUAUGUACGGUAUGUACUGUAUGUACGGUAUGUACUGUAUGUACUGUAUGUGCCAUUAAACUUUACUGACCAUUCCCUGGACUCAUUCAGGUGGACUUGGGUUUCCUCCGGUUCGUGUCAGCCAUCGGAACACAGGGGGCCGUUUCCCAGGAGACCAAGAAGACCUACUGGGUCAAGUCCUACAAGGUGGAUGUCAGCUCUAACGGAGAAGACUGGAUCACACUGAAGGAGGGGUCAAAACAGAAGGUAAGAGAGAUUACUCCUCACCCACUCUCUACCCCACUGCCUACCUCUUACGUUGCAUGGUAUCAUAAGCACAUCAACUUUUCCUAUACUUCAGCACUGUAUGUGGGGCGGCAGGUAGCUUAGUGGUUAAGAGCGUUGUGCCAGUAACCGAAAGGUCGCUGGUUCUAAUCCCUGAGCUGACUAGGUGAAAGAUCUGUCGAUGUGCCCUUGAGCAAGGCACUUAACCCUAAUUGCUCAUGUAAGUCGCUCUGGAUAAGAGCGUCUGCUAAAUGACUAAAAAUAAAAAAUAAAUAAAAAUAUGUAUUACUGCAGUAAUACUAUAAUAAUGUAUUAAGGCAUCAACUCUAGUUAAGACCCAUUUCUCAGGAGACCAACAGAGCUGUGUCACAAUGGCCAACCAGACCCAGAAAGCCAGACAUGUAAACUAACAUUUACAUUUUGGUCAUUUAGCAGACACUCUUAUCCAGAGAGACUUACAGUAGUGUCUAUACAUUUCCGUACUUUCAGCCAGAGUUGAAUUGUGCUCUCCUCCUUAGUAUUGGCUUGGAACUCUGCCUCAACCACACCAUAUCUCAACAAAAGGGGAAUGCCCCUGGUCUGGUCUGGUCUGUGUUAAGUUCUGUCUCUGUGGAACAACGUUUUCCCCACCAUACUAUUAGGUUCUUAGCUUGAUAUGCUAAUGCAGAGAGCGUUGUGUGAGAGACUGUUUACAGUGCAUUACUACUGCCUCUCUCAUGAAGACACUACAGUAGUCAUUUAGUUGGAUGAAGUCAUUGUUUAGUGUGUGUCAGGCUCUGGUUAACAAAGCCUUUAAUAAACCAGGAGUGACAAGGAUGAAUGGAAUGGGGAGGAGGGAGAGAGAGAGAGAGAGAUAGAGAUGAAAUGGAAAAGAGGAAAGGUUCCAUGUUUGAGCAGCUGGUAGAGGUGGGUCAUAGUGAAAGAGAGAGAGGGAGUGGGAGAGAGACUUGACCAACGAUCGGACUGGAUCUAACGAUCGAUCAGUGAUCAGCCUGUGAAACAGACCAGAAGGCUCUCCGUCUGUAAACAAACCUCUCUUUGUGGGUGCUCACACUCCACAGGGCCAUCAAGAGGUUCGUUUGACCGGUCUAAGGAUCUGUGUAAACUGUAAAUAGUCACCAUUGUGUGUGUGUGUGUUUGUGUCAAAGUGUGAGUGUGUGCUAGUCACAAGGACAGCCACAUUUUCCCCAGAGUGGUCAAAGCGGCUCUCUUUGUGCUUGUGCGUGUGUCUGUACUAUAUCCCCCUCCCCAUGCCCCUCAGGCCCAAUUAUUUUACGACCUCUCCAAAGUACACAGUUUUCUUUUUAAAGCAAGGUGAUGUGAAAAGCCCUGUCUCUCUGUUCCGGCCUCUAAAGUGCUUUUGUGAGUAGUGGGUCCCAUUUACUAGGUGCUGAGCCUGCAGUUUGGAGCUUUAGCGUGAUGGUGAUGGUGCUAGCUAGCUGGAAAAAGCCAUUUAAUAGUUAUUGGUGCGACAGAGACGCCAGAGAGAGAGAGGAGCGCCGACCGGCGUGACAUAUAGGAGAGUGGAUGACUCAUUUGACAACUAUUAUCCAGGAAACGGAGAGUGGGAUGUAGGGACAGUGAUAGAGAGGCUCUUGGGCGGACUAAUGGUUCCAUUGGCCCUGCUUGCUGGAGUUUUAGCGCUGCCACCAUCACGUUCACUUCAGCCCAGAUUAGCUUCACUACAAGCUACUGCUUGGCUAGCACUCUCCUGCCACGGGAUUCACACCACCGUACCACUGGAUGCCUACAGAGUGCAGAGUCAGAAAGGUCACACCGUCACUGUGAGACUUAGCCAGGGUGAGAUGUGAUGGACUGUAGGGUGUUGUCAGUGUGUGUGUGUGUGUGUGUAUGUGUGCAUGCAUGUGUGAACGUGCGUGUCUCAGUUUGAUGAUACAACUGUAGGGAGAAGAUGGUUGAAAUUGUCACAAUAUUUGGUGCAUUAUGAACUGUGGUAAAUAUGGUUAAUAUAAUACAUGUAUGAUAUCUAAGUAUGAAACACUAAUUUCCAUAUACUAUACAUGCUCAGGAAAUGAUACAGUAUAUAGUAUAUAGCCUAAAGACCAUAGCCUAAUACCAACAUUGGAGGGAGGCUGACCUGAAUAUUGCCUGUGCCCUGUCAUUGCUCUCUGUUUCUGGGGCACUAUGUGAGGCGAGGGCCAAGGCCUCAGUUGGCCCAGUAGUCUCCUGGUGGCUCUACUACUACACUAAACAAACUCUGUGAAUAAUUAACAUCUCCUCUCCUCCCAGGUUUUCCAAGGGAACACCAACCCCACUGACGUCGCCAGGACGAUGCUUCCCAAACCCACGCUCACCCGCUUCAUCCGGAUCCGGCCUGUCGCCUGGGAAACAGGCAUCGCUCUGCGCUUCGAGGUGUACGGCUGUAAAAUAUCAGGUCAGUACCAUUAUGUUAAAUGUUUUAUUCACGUCGGCCAUGGAGAAGGAGAGUCCACAGUCCUUGGUAGCGGGCCGCGACGGUGGCACUGUGUUAUCCUCAAAGCGGGCGAAGAAGGUGUUUAGCUUGUCCGGAAGCAAGAUGUCAGUGUGGCUGAAAUAGCCGAAUCCACUCAUUUGAAGGGGUGUCCACAUACUUUUGUAUAUAUAAUGUAAUACCAUAUAAGCCUACUGUAGCAUAGUAGGCCUAUAAUACAGUAUGUAACACCAAAAACACCUCCUCAGUCAUUUCUUAUCUGAAGCUGAAAAGUCAAAUAUUUUCCUCAUGCGGCCAAACCUCAACAGUGCACGCACUACAGCACGAUUCCCCAACUGGCGGUCCGCAGGGCCGCGGGUGGUUUUAAUGUUCCAAAUGUUUUGGGGGGGGGACAUAAAAUACUGUAAAAACACCUUGAGAUCAGCUCCAAGUGAUUUUAAUUUGAGAAAUCUGUUCCCAAGUAUUCCCACGCAUAAUAGAGAGGCAUGUGAUCGUAUACAAAUGUAAGCAAGGUUUGAAAUGAUUAUGUUUAAGCCAAAUAUGAUAUCUGUUUGGGAUUUUUGCUGUCAAUUUGCAGUCAAAUGAUUUGAAAUUAUUUUCCAGCCCCCCGACAAUCCGUUCAAGAAAAAAUCGUCCCGAGGCUGCACUACAGGCUUUCAUUGAAACAAAAUAGGCCUACAAGAAAUGCUGAUAUACAGUGCCUUUUGUAUGGCAACAAAAUAGGAAAAAUGCCAAGGGGGGUGAAUACUUUCACAAGCCACUGUAGUAGUUUGUUAACACCAUCUGCUUUAAUUAGCUCGCCAAACAGUUAUUCAAGAAGGUCUAAAUGCAUAUUCCCAUGAAACUGAUUGAGAUCAAAUGAUUGGCAUGCAGUUUGGACAUUUCAAAGGGAAAAUUAUCAUUCACGAUUGACGAUUGACAGUGAUAAUGGCCUACCUCGAAAUUAGGUAUGCCUAACUUGGUGUUUGAGGUUAUUAAAAAUAUAACAUUUUGUUGAGACAAAUUGGAGGAUGCAUUUUAUGCACCUACUCUAUAAUGAUAUUUAAUCUGUUAUUAUGUCAUUUCAUAAUUUUUUUGCGCUCCCUAACCUAAAAAAAAUAGCACUACACCACUGCUCCUCGGCUUUCUGAAGGCCAUAGAGAUAAACCAAGUAUAUCCCAUAUGCAUUGGAGUCACGUCUUUCCUGACAUUUUAUAGAUUGUUUCUAGCAUAAAGCAUUGCAGACUAAAGCUAAUUAUAAAUCGCUUUAUAUAGUCAGGUCCCUUUAAUUCUAUAUUACAAUCAAUUAUAUCAGUAGCAAGCUUUGGACCCCAGGAAAAGUAGCUGCUACCUUGGCAACCGCUAAUGCGGAUCCGGAAUAAAAUACCAACAAAAAUAACUUCAGUCCUCCUUGUCAUCUUCACGCUCUCCCUCUCAAACUGAACAGGACAUCAAUAGGCCUAGUCCGUGCGCACAAAUAUUGAAUUUUUUGGACAAAUUGACUCGCCUCCUGAAGUGCCACCAUACACAGUACAGUACACCAUACACAGUACAGUACACCAUACACAGUACAGUACACCAUACACAGUACAGUACGCCAUACACAGUACAGUACACCAUACACAGUACAGUACACAGUACAGUACACCAUACACAGUACAGUACACCAUACACAGUACAGUACGCCAUACACAGUACAGUACACCAUACACAGUACAGUACAGCCAUACACAGUACAGUACACCUACACAGUACAGUACACAUACAGUACCAUACCAUAUCACAGUACAGUACACCAUUACACCGUACAGUAACAGUACAGUACACCAUACACAGUACAGUACACCAUACACAGUACAGUACACAGUAACAGUACCCAUACACAGUACAGUACACCAUACACAGUACAGUACGCCAUACACAGUACAGUACGCCAUACACAGUACAGUACACCAUACACAGUACAGUACACCAUACACAGUACAGUCAAUAGUUAGGCAGCACAAUAGGGUCAAUAAGAGCAGGGCUCAUGAUUGGGAACGCGUAUCUCAAAAAUCUAAUCAAAUCAAAUUGUAUUGGUCACAUGCGCCGAAUACAACAGGUGCAGACAUCACAGUGAAAUGCUUACUUACAGCCCUUAACCAACAGUGCAUUUAUUUUUAACAAAAAAAGUAAAAAAAUAAAACAACAACAAAGAAAGUGUUGAGAAAAAAAGAGCAGAAGUAAAAUAAAAUAACAGUAGGGAGGCUAUAUAUACACUGCAUUACACACUACAUCUACUGCAGUGUGUAAUGCAGUGUAGCCUAGUUUUAUAUACAGUGCAUUCGGAAAGUUUUCAGACCCCUUGACUUUUUCCACAUGUUCUUACGUUACAGCCUUAUUCUAAAAUUGAUUAAAAAUUUUUUUUUACUAAUCAAUCUACACACAAUAGCUCAUAAUGACAAAGCAAAAACAGGUUUUAUGAAAUUUUAGCAAAUAUAUUAAAAUGAAACAACAGAAAUACCUUAUUUACGUAAGUAUUCAGUCCCUUUGCUAUGAGACUCGAAAUUGAACUCAGGUGCAUCCUGUUUCCAUUGAUCAUCCUUGAGAUGUUUCUACAACUUGAUUGGAGUCCACCUGUGGUAUGUGCAAUUGAUUGGACAUUAUUUGGAAAGGCACACACCUGUCUAUAUAAGGUCCCACAGUUGACAGUGCAAACCAUCUCAAUUUGGUUGAGGUCGGGGGAUUGUGGAGGCCAGCACUCUCCUUCUUGGUAAAAUAGCCCUUACACAGCCUGGAGGUGUGUUGGGUCAUUGUCCUGUUGAAAAACAAAUGAUAGUCCCACUAAGCCCAAACCAGAUGGGAUGGUGUAUCGUAGCUUUGCUGGUUAAGUGUGCCUUGAAUUCUAAAUAAAUCACAGACAGUGUCACCAGCAAAGCACCCCCACACCAUAACACCUCCUCUUCCAUGCUUUACGGUGGGAAAUACACGUGCGGAGAUCAUCCAUUCACCCACACCGCGUCUCACAAAGACAAAUUUGGACUACAGACCAAAGGACAAAUUUCCACCGGUCUAAUGUCCAUUGCUCGUGUUUCUUGGCCCAAGCAAGUCUCUUCUUCUUAUUGGUGUCCUUUUGUAGUGGUUUCUUUGCAGCAAUUCGACCAUGAAGGCCUGAUUCACACAGUCUCCUCUGAACAGUUGAUGUUGAGAUGUGCCUGUUACUUGAACUCUGUGAAGCAUUUAUUUGGGCUGCAAUUUCUGAGGCUGGUAACUCUAAUGAACUUAUCCUCUGCAGCAGAGGUAACUCUGGGUCUUCCAUUCCUUUGGCGGUCCUCAUGAGAGCCAGUUUCAUCAUAGCUCUUGAUGGUUUUUGCGACUGCACUUGAAGAAACUUUCAAAUUUCUUGACAUUUUCCGUGUUGACUGACCUUUAUGUCUUAAAGUAAUGAUGGACCAUCGUUUUUCUUUGCUUAUUUGAGGUGUUCUUGCCAUAAUAUGGACUUGGUCUUUUACCAAAUAGGGCUAUCUUCUGUAUACCCCCCCCCCCCCCCCCCCACCUUGUCACAACACAACUGAUUGGCUCAAAUGCAUUAAGAAGGUAAUACAUUCCACAAAUUAACUUUUAAGAAGGCACACCUGUUAAUUGAAAUGCAUUCCAGGUGACUACCUCAUGAAGCUGGUUGAGAGAAUGCCAAGAGUGUGCAAAGCUGUCAUCAAGGCAAAGGGUGGCUGUUUGAAGAAUCUCAAAUAUGAAAUAUAUUUUGAUUUGUUUAACACUUUUUAGGUUACUACAUGAUUCCAUAUGUGUCAUUUCAUAGUUUUGAUGUCUUCAUUAUUAUUCUACAAUAUAGAAAAUAGUACAAAUAAAGAAAAACCCUUGAAUGAGUAGGUGUUCUAAAACUUUUGACUGGUAGUGUAUUUUUGCGGGUUCUUUUUCAUGUGUGUGCAUUUGUUUGUCUGCAAGUCUGUCUGUGUGCGCUUGCUUUUGUGUGUAUUAGUAUUAGUAUUUGUGUGUGUGUGUGUGUGUGUGUGUGUGUGUGUGUGUGGUGUGUGGGUGUGUGUGUGUGUGUGUGUGUGUGUGUGUGUGUGUGUGUGUGCGUGUGUGCGUGUGCGUGUGCGUGUGCGUGCGUGCGUGCGUGCGUGUGUUUAUAUGCAGAGGGCAGUGCGGUGCUGGCACACAGCUGGAGUGCGUCAAUGUUUGGGCGUGAGACCAGACCGCACUGCGCACACACACACACACACACACACAGACAUACACAGACAGACAGACACACACACAUACACACAUACAUACACAGACAGACACACACAGACAUACAUACACACACAGACAGACACACACAGACAGACAGACAGACACACCCAGACAGACACACACAGACAGACACACCUACACAGACAGACACACACAGACAUACACACACAGACAUACACACACAGACAUACACAGACCGCGCUGCUGACACAUCACAGGAGCAGGGAGCGCCACUGGGCCUCUCUGUGACCUCAUCAGCCAGCGGCGGGCAGGGCACCACUCUGAUCACACUGCCAGCUAGGAUGGAGAGGAGAGGAGAGGAGAGGAGAGGAGAGGAGAGGAGAGGAGAGGAGAGGAGAGGAGAGGAGAGGAGAGGAGAGGAGAGGAGAGGAGAUAUCUUGUAAUUCUCAAGUCAGGUUUGAGAGGUUCUGCUUUAAGCUGACAGUAUACAAAUGCUUUUCAGGAGAUACCAAAGUGGUCCAUUCUAAGCCCACAGAGAAACAGCCCACUGGGCUCAACAUUGUUUCAAUGAAAUGAAAUGACGUGACGUGGAACCAACGUGGAAUAGACAUUGAAUUGACAUCUGUGCCCUGUGGGAGGGCCUUCAGGUUGUGUCUAAUCUUAUCUGGUCUUUGCACAUAAGAUGUGCCCUGCAGUUGGAGAUACACACCUACUUAUUAACAACUUAACCUCAUCCCUUCUGACUGCUGACUCUCUGCUGUUCUAUUGGUAAAUAAGCCCAUGUGUGUGUUCAGCCACAGAGUUCGCCAGCCAAACCCUGUGUUACCCUGCUCAGCCUUGCCCCUAGCAGUGGUGUGCCACCACACACACACUCGCUGUCGGUUCUGGGUGUGUCCGGUGUGCGUGCCACCCAAAACAGUCCCAGCUGAGGUGCAUUAAAAGCUCAUGACCACAGCAGAUGACCUGUGGAACACUGAUCACCCAAACUUCCCCUCUCUAACUCUCUCUUAUCCGUCUGCUUCAAAGAGCGAGAGCUUGAGCCACCGCAGUGGAGCGCCUUAGCCUCCCUCUGACACGGCUCUAUCAGAGAUCACACUCACAGGGCUCUUGGCAGACGACGAAAGAGAAAUCCUCAGCCUCAAACGGAUGAGCGUUUGGUUCUGUCCUGAGGAACCAUGGAGUUCUCUCUGAUUCGAUAUGGACUCUUUUGGGUCUCCUGGGAGUCACGUAGAACUAGUUUAUUCCUCUCUGAUUUGAACAGGAACUGUGAUAACUAUAAAGAGGAUUGAAUGAAGCCUUGUUCUGUUGGUUUGGCAGAGUUACACUGAGUUUCAUACAGUCGUUCCAAGCAUAUAUCUGCUUUUAUCCCUCUCCCUGGGAGCAGAUUGUAAAGAUUAUAUUGGUUACUGCAGGUCACUGCAGACUCUUUUGAUUAAGUGGAAGGAAACGAGAUGGCCAGUCAGGAGACAGACAAGACAGUCAGCCUGUGUGUGUGGGUUCAUUGCCGGAAGAUUUUUCUGAGCCGCAAGGUGCAAACGGCACAAAGUGAAACCAGCACCAGCAGCAAGCAGUUAGGGCGUAUGAAAGGUAGAAUGAAAGGUAGAAUGAAAGGUAGAAUGCACAAGGCACUCAAGGGGAUGAAAACGAACGAACACAGAUUCAGGAUGAAAGCUCAGAGAACACCAGGUUUUAGAAAGACAAAAGGGAGGGGGGGGGGGGAGGGGGGGGGGGGGGUUCGGUUCAAGAUGAAAGAAAGCUCUCACAGGUAGAAAUGACCGCUGAAGGAAGGGACUUUUAAUUGGAUGCCGGGAGACAAACACUCCAGGCGGAGACAUUAGUAUGCAAGCGGUCGUGAGAGAGAGAGAUCAGGAGAUGGGAGAGAUAGAGAGAGAGAGGGGAGAGGAGAGAGAGUGAGAGGAGAGAGAGAGGUCGAGAAGAGAGAGGUCGCGCUAGAAGAGGUCGAGAUAGAAGAGAGAAGAGAGAGAGAGAGAGAUUCGAGAGAUAGAGAGAGGUCGAGAUAAGCUAAGAGAGGAGAGAGAGAUCGAGAGAGAGAGAAGGAUGAGCGAGAGAGAGAUUCUAGAGAGAGAGAGAGAUAGAUAGAGAUAUCUAAGACAGGAGAGAGUGAGAGAGAGAGAGAGAGAGAUAGAGAGAUUAGAGAUAGAGAUGAGAGAGAGAGAGAGAGAGCGGCAUCACAAAGAGAGUGUUUCUCUCUCACACCAUCACUAACACUCACUGUCUCAGUCAUUCAACCCAUCCCUCUCUUUUCCCCUAUAAACACAUAAACCAUGAAGAACAACCUUCUAUGGCUGCUGAUACAAAUCAUUUAUUGAGAUAUUUAUAUCCCCCUCAGGUUCUCUCUCAAAUCCCUCUUGCUCAUUGAAAGACUUAUGCUAACCUCUCUCUCUCUCUACCCACCCUCUCAGAGUACCCAUGUUCAGGCAUGCUUGGCAUGGUAUCAGGCCUGAUCACUGACGCCCAGAUCACAGCUUCGUCCCACACGGACCGGAGCUGGGUACCCGAGAACGCCCGCCUGCUGACCAGCCGCUCCGGGUGGACCCUGCUGCCCCAGCCCCAGCCUUUCACCUCAGAGUGGCUACAGGUUAAAUCAACUAUAUUAAUAUACUAUUCUUAUGGUUUUGCUUUGCAAUUGGAGAAAGGUUUGAUGGUUAUGAAAUAUUAUUGGUUCAUAUAACAUAUCACAAGAAAUGUUGGUUUUCUGAGAAUAUAUCCUACCUUUACGUACAAAGAAUUUGGCCAAAAUGAUGAUGAGAUUACAAAUAAACAGUUGGGAAACACUUUACUUACGGCAUACAGGUAUAAUGCAUUAUGAUGCUGUCAUGAGUAUGUAUGAACUGCUUACAAUGCGUUUCCUCUCCAUUCAUCUGCAGGUGGACCUGGGGGAGGAGAAGCUGGUACGAGGGCUCAUCAUCCAGGGAGGGAAACACAGAGAGAACAAGGUGUUCAUGAAGAAGUUCAGACUGGGAUACAGUAACAACGGAUCUGAUUGGAAGAUGGUCCAGGAUGCCAACGGCAACAAGCCAAAGGUAAGGAAGAACUGUUUUCAUUGGUUCAUUUGUUGACUAUCUAAUGGGAAAUGAUCUCCCUAUUUCCAACUGAAAACCAUUCUCAGUGACAUUAAGUAAGAAUACAUUGAGUCAGUUUUCACACAUUCUCUGUGCUGUGGCUGUUGAAACAUUUAUGGAGUCCAUUUGGAUACUACUUUAUAGCACAUUAGGAUAACCAUCUGUAAUGUUUCUCCAAGUCCUACUGCUGCCUAGUCUCUAUCCUCUUAGUAUUCUGCUGCUGUUGCUCAAGCUUUUCAGUGGAAGGAGCGUGUGACACACAGAAACGAUCCUAGAUGUAUCUGUCGGUGUCGGUAUGCUUUGAGUGUGUCACACACGCACAGUGCGUUACACACACACCUCGCACACACACAGAUGCACACCUCCAGGAAGUACCUCUGCAGUCCCCAAUUACAACCUUCUCCAACAGGAUGUACUCUAAAUGUGUUCCAGAUCACCUGAUGGUUGAUUUAUGAAGGAGUGAGAGGCUCGAUAUCUUCCUGUCCUACUUAUCCCUCCAUCUCUCCCUCUUUCCCUAAGAACCUCCGAGCAUCAAAGACAGACGAGACGUGUUCCAGUGUUAACGGUCAUUAAUCCACUACACUCCAUCACUGUUCUCUCCUUUACCACUCGUCUACCUCUCCUUUCUUCUCUUUUCCUCUCCUGUCCUCUCCUCUACCUCUCAUAUCCUCUACUGUCCUGUCAUUUCAUUUCCUCUCCUCUACGUGUACCUCUGUUAUUCCCAAAGAGAAUCCUCCUUUCUUUUUCAGAUGACAAGAUCAGAAGCUGAGCAGAGAGAGAGCAUCAGUCCUCUCCUCUAUCAUACCUCUUCUCUACAUUAUUCCCAAAGAAAAGGCCCCUAGCCUCUCUCUUUCCUCGAAGUAGAGUUCAGAGGAUGAGCAGGGACAGAGUGAGCUGAGGCUGUCCUUGACCUCUGUGUCCUGCUGGGGCGGCUGGUGCUAGUUGUAGCCAACAGGCUCUCGUUUGCAGUCCUACUGACAGUGCUUUUUAGAUGUCAGCUGGAGAAAUCUGGUCAAUCUUCCCUUAUUUUCUCCCCUCUCUCAGCCCUGCUCCUUUUCAAAAGGAAGGAAUAAGUGUUCCUUAGGGUCUCUGUGAUAGGAGAGAGACAUCAGACAUUAUCAGACAGUAAUAUUGCUCUCUUUCUUUCUCUCUCUAUCUGUAUCUGUCUCUCUCAGCCUCUCUCUCUGUUGCAGUGUGUAUGGUAGAGGACUUCUCCUCUGCUGUUGUCUAUGAACUAACACAGAUGGUCCUCUCCACAGAUUUUCGAGGGGAAUCAGAACUAUGAUACACCAGAGCUGAGGACCGUGGAGCCCUUGCUGACCCGAUACAUCAGGGUUUACCCAGAGAGGUCCACCCCUGCUGGGAUGGGCCUGCGACUCGAGCUUCUGGGCUGUGAGAUCGAAGGUAGGCCUCAAAUGGAAUCCUACACACACGCACAUCAAUUGUAGACACAUGUAGACUACAAACACACACGCACACCAGUGGAUGCUGCUGAGGAGAGGACAGCUCAUAAAAUGGCGGGAAUGGAGUCAAUGGAAUGGUAUCAAACACGUAGUUCCCAUGUGGUUGAUACCAUUCCAUUGACUCCAUUCCAGCCAUUAUUAUGAGCCAUCCUCCCCUCAGCAGCCUCCACUGACGCACACAUACACACACACAUCUUCUAUCAUCCGUGUGAUGACAGUUCUAUGACUGAAUGCAUGGUGUUUGUUGAGGUGGGGGUAUUCUAAGGAUUCCCCCUGUGGAGUCAACAGCUGUCCCAGGCCCACUAGGCCCCACUAUCUCUCCCUGAGAGGGACAGUUGUCUAGUCUCCAUGCAUGCUGCAUCAAAGCCAUUCCUGAAGCAAGACCGCUCAUACAUAUUACAUGGGAUCAAAUGAAACCCCAUCUGCCCUGAGGAUUACUGCCAACCCCUUCUAGUCCCUGUUCCAUCCUUUCUCUGGGGCCAAUCUCCAACUUCCUCCCUCCCUGCCUCCCUCCCUCCCUCUUUCUCUCUCUCCUCUCCCCUCUGUCUGCCUCUCUCGCUCUCUGUCUCGCUCUCUUCACCUCUCCCCUCUCUCUCUCUCUCCCUGUCUGUCUCUCUCUCUCUCUCUCUCUCUCCACCUGUCUCUUUCUCUCUCUCCCCUCUCUGCUAUGAGAACAUGCUCUGGCGGGCCAGGCCUAAGUGGGUUUACAUAUUGGAUUUCAGGGAGGCUGUAGCAAGCACAGCCCUGUGUAAGCCAUGGAGUCCCACUGGGGCUUUAGAAGGAUGAUAAUGCUUGUUUUCACUGUUAAUGCCACCACACACUCAAACACACACACAAAAACACACAUACAAAAACACACACAUAAACACACACACAGGUAUGUGAGUGGUGGUGUGUAAACUAAGACCCAGGAGUACAGCUAAAUCCAUCUUUCUCCAACUAGAGCACUGACCCUGUCACUGACCCCUCCACCCUGAAUCUGACAGAGGUUGAUCACUCAUAUUUCAUAUAGCAGAGGGCGAGGGGAAUUCUCGAUUACACAUGCACUCUUUCCUUUCCCUUUCUCUCUCAAUCUCCCUCUCUCUCAAUCUCCCUCUCUCUUAAUUUCCUACUCUCAAUCUCCCUCUCUCUCAACAUCUCCCUCUCUCUCAAUCUCCCUCUCUCUCAAUCUCCCUCUCUCUCAAUCUCCCUCCUUCCCUCCCUUCUUCCCUCCCUCCGUCCUGGGGAAGCCUGCUCAUUACUCUGUCAGGGUAAACACAUCCAGGCUGUGUGUUAGCGGAGCGUGGAUCAGAGCUGGGGCCGUGCCCACAUCCAACGAGGCCAGUGGUCCCUAAUGAUAGGCCAGGGUGGGGCCCAGCCUCCAGCCCAAUUCUAGACCCAUGCAUCUGAUCUCCAGCCUAAACCAAAAGCUAGACUGUGUUCCAAAUGGCACCCUAUUCCCUAAGUAGUGGCCUGGUCAAAAGUAGUUCACUAUAUACAAUGCCUUCGGAAAGUAUUCAGACCCCUUGAUUUUUCCACAUUUUGUUAUGUUACAGCCUUAUUCUAAAAUGGAUACACACAAUACCCCAUCAUGACAAAGCAAAACCUGAAAAAAAAAGGGAAAUAUCACAUUUACAUAAGUAUUCAGACCCUUUACUCAGUACUUGCCUCCCGAGUGGCGCAGUGGUCUAAGGCACUGCAUCGCAGUGCUAGCUGUGCCACUAGAGAUCCUGGUUCGAAUCCAGGCUCUGUCAUAGCCGGCCGCGACCGGGAGACCCAUGGGGCAGCGCACAAUUGGCCCAGCGUCGUCCAGGGUAGGGGAGGGAAUGGCCGGCAGGGAUGUAGCUCAGUUGGUAGAGCAUGGUGUUUGCAACGCCAGGGUUGUGGAUUCGAUUCCCACAGGGGGCCAGUAUGAAAAAUAAAAAAAGUAUGUAUGCACUCUGGAUAAGAGCGUCUGCUAAAUGACGUAAAUGUAAAUGUACUUUGUUGAAGCACCUUUGGCAGCAAUUACAGCCUCAAGUCUUCUUGGGUAUGACGCUACAAGCUUGGCACACCUGUAUUUGGGGAGUUUCUCCCAUUCUUCUCUGCAGAACCUCUAUUUGCCUCGAUCCUGACUAGUCUCCCAGUCCCUGCCGCUGAAAAACAUCCCCACACCAUGAUGCUGCCACCACCAUGCUUCACCGUAGGGAUGGUGCCAGGUUUCCUCCAGACGUGACGCUUGGCAUUCAGGCCAAAGAGUUCAAUCUUGGUUUCAUCAGACCAGAGAAUCUUGUUUCUCAUGGUCUGAGAGUCUUUAGGUUACUUUUGGCAAACUCCAAGCGGGCUUUCAUGUGCCUUUUACUGAGGAGUGGCUUCCCUCUGGUCACUCUACCAUAAAGUCCUGAUUGGUGGAGUGCUGCAGAGAUGGUUGUCCUUCUGGAAGUUUCUCCCAUCUCCACAGAGGAGCUCUAGAGCUCUGUCAGAGUGGCCAUCGGGUUCUUGGUCAACUCCCUGACCAAGAACCUUCUCCCCCGAUUGCUCAGUUUAGCUGGGCGGCCAUCUUUAGGAAGAGUCUUGGUGGUUCCAAACUUCUUCCAUUUAAGAAUGAUGGAGGCCACUGUGUUCUUGGGGACCUUCAAUGCUGCAGAAUUUUUUUAUACCCUUCCCCACAUCUGUGCCUCGACACAAUCCUGUCUCGGAGCUCUACGGACAAUUCCUUCGACCUCAUGGCUUGGUUUUUGCUCUGACAUGCACUGUCAACUGUGGGACCAUAUAUAGACAGGUGUGUGCCUUUCCAAAUCAUGUCCAAUCAAUUGAAUUUACCACAGGUGGACGCCAAUCAAGUUGUAGAAACAUCUCAAGGAUGAUCAAUGGAAACAGGAUGCACCUGAGCACAAUUUCGAGUCUCAUAGCAAAAGGUCUGAAUACUUAUGUAAAUAAGGUAUUUCUGUUUUUUGUCAUUAUAUGGUAUUGUGUGUAGAUUGCUAAGGAUUUAAUUUGUGGAAAAGUCAAGGGGUCUGAAUACUUAACGAAGGCGCUGUAGGGAAUAGGGUGCAAUUUGGGACACAAACCUAAAGCCUCAGCAUCCACCAUCCACCAUGCACCAUGCACCAUGCACCAUCCACCAUCCACCAUCCACCAUGCACCAUGCACCAUGCACCAUCCACCAUGCACCAUGCACCAUGCACCAUCCACCAUCCACCAUCCACCAUGCACCAUGCACCAUCCACCAUCCACCAUCCACCAUCACCAUGCACCAUCCACCAUCCACCAUCCACCAUGCACCAUGCACCAUCCACCAUCCACCAUCCACCAUCCACCAUGCACCAUGCACCAUCCACCAUGCACCAUCCUCUGUAGCUCAGCUGGUAGAGCACGGCGCUUGUAACGCCAAGGUAGUGGUCGAUCCCCGGACCACCAUACACAAAAAAAUGUAUGCACGCAUGAUGUAAGUCGCUUUGGAUAAAAGCGUCUGCUAAUGGCAUAUUAUUAUUAUUAUUAUUACCAUCCACCAUGCACCAUGCACCAUCCACCAUCCACCAUGCACCAUCCACAAUUCACCAUCCACCAUGCACCAUGCACCAUCCACCAGCACAAUCCACCAUCCAUUGUAUGUGUUUGUAUAUGUUUGUGUGUGGUGUAUGUUUGUGUGUGUGGUGUAUGUGUGGGGUGUAUGUGUGGGGUAUAUUUGUUUGGUGUGUGUGAUACCGCAAACCCUAAAAAGGAGCAGCUGAAUGCAAGUUUAACAUGUCCUUUCUUUUUCUAACUCUUUCUCUCCCUCUCUCCUCCGCAGCUCCCACCCUCCCCCCCACCACGCCCGCCCCCACCACCACCCCAUCAGACGACUGUGAUGAUGACCAGGCCAGCUGCCACAGUGGAACAGGUGAUGACUACGAUGUGACAGGUGCUAACAUCACUCUCAUGAGACUGCUACCUCCCCUACCCCUCUACCUCUACUCUCGCUUUAUACUAAGCCCAACAUACACCCAUAAACACACACACCGGCAGAGACACAGACAGACACACACCUAAUCACCUGCACCUGCAACCCCAUCUUCCUCCAAAAACUAUUUCCCCACUACAACUCCCCUUUUACAAUCUAAUGAGAAACCUUAUCUCAUGCACCUGAGACCCUGUCUACCACCCUCACCCCAAUGUCCUCCCUCUAACACACACACACCUGAACAGCCCUCUCACCUGCACACGUCUGCCUCUCCCCCUCCUCCCAUCCCCCACCCAGCUGUGUUUCCCUCUCAGCCUUUUAUCUCUCAGCAGCCUUGUUCUCUUUCUAGCCUGGCCUCUUUCCCCACUAACCUGAUUAUAACCUGACUUACUGCCCCUGAGUUCCACCUUUCUAUACCUCGCUGUUCCCUAUGGAUAAUCCUGUCCCAACCGGCACCCUAUUCCUUUUAUAGUGUACUACUUUUUCCCAGGGCCAAUAGUAGUGCACUACAUAUGGAAUAGGGUGCCAUUUGGGACAUAGCCAUGGAGUUCUCUCUUUGGCUAUUCCUCUCCCCUAACCCCAUUUCAAAGCAGCAAUGAGUGAUGUGCAUGGCACUCUCAGUCACUCUGGUUCUCUCCCUCCUGGCCCUACAUAUAGUGAAAGAGGGAGUGUGGAAGUGUUUGGCAGGAGUUAAGAGACAUAGAAGGAGAGGGGGCAUCCGUUUGGCACCAGAAUAAUGUGUUACGGCUAGGCUAACUAUGCUAUGUUUUAUGUGUUACGGCUAGGCUAACUAUGCUAUGUUUUAUGUGUUAAGGCUAGGCUAACUAUGCUACACUGUUAUGUGUUACAUUUUAACAUUUUAGUCAUUUAGCAGACGCUCUUAUCCAGAGCAACUUACAGUUAGUGCAUACAUUUUCAUACUAGGCUAGGCUAGUCUCUAGACAGAUGGGUUGCCUCCCACAAUGUAACCAAUGUUCCUAGCGCUGUUGCCCUAUGUCUGGGAUUUCCCAGACUACGGCUAGGAUAACUGUGCAAUGCUGUUAUGCGUUUCAGCUAGGCUAACUGUGCUAACACUGUGUUCUUACAGGUGGGAACCACAAUGCCAGAGGCUAUGACAGAGGUGGACACCAUCCCAGGUUAGGACCCAUUGUAUUAUGAAUGUACUGUAUAUGAGACUUGUGUCUGUGUGACUGUAUGUGUGUGUGAGGGGCUUUGAAUGCAUGUGUGUGGGGUUAAUUCGUGUGUGGGUGGACAUCGUUUUUUCCAGUAGUAGACUACUGAAGAAAAAUCUGUCCUCUAGUAUUCAUCAGAUGUGAACUGUGGGGCUGCUCAUUGAAUGAAAAAACCAAAACUAUCUUAAGUGUCUGUGUGCCUGAAAUGUAAUUCCACAUGGGAAUUCCAUCCUUUGUGUUUAAUGGGUAAAUAUAUUCUGCUGCCUGCAGAAAUUAGUUAAAACCCAGAGAUUAUUAAAGGGAAUAUUGGCUCAGAUGUUUUAUCCUUUGGAGAGCUGGGGCCUUAGUGCUUGCACAGACACAGACACAGGCCUUCUGAGGCAUAGCUGACAUCCUAAACAUAUCUCCCUUGUGCUGCUUCUUUGGAAAUCUCUUUUUUUAUCCAAUUUGAUAACAGAACGAAGCUCCCCAUUGCCCCACUCUUUACACACAUACUGUACUCUCAGAAGGCCUUUCAGCUCUGUGUGUGUGUGUGUGUGUGUGUGUGGGGGGGGGGGGGGCUCAUUAUAAAGCCAUCUCUAUCAGUAUGCUGUACACAUAAAUACUCUCUUUCUCACUCUUUCUCUUUCUCUCUCUCCAUCUCUCUCCUCUCCUGCUCUCUAUUCCUUUACUGUUAUUGUACACCUUUUUUUAUGAGCCCAUAUCCUAUGGAGGACUAAAAGUGCCACAAUUAAAUAAAUAAAUACACCAUUAAAUAAUUACUUAAAUGUGUCAUUAAUUAAUUAAAAUUAGAAUUAAAUACAUAAAUGUGUUAUUAAAUGUGUCAUUAAUUAAUUCAAAUACCGAUUCAUUUUAUGUAAAAUACAUAUAUAAUAAUUUCACUAUUUACAUUUACAUUUCAUGGUCCUGCGUUGGAGUGCUUCCUGAAUUACUUAAAACUGUCAAACUGACCCAUCAAAAGUUGGUAGGCGGAACCUAACGCCUGAUUGGUUACCCUCUGCAUCAAGCCAAGACAAAUCAAUUCCGGAUAAUGUCAGCAGGUCCUGCUUCUACAUCCUCUGCUAAGUUUAAAAUGUCUCUAACCAACUCCCUGGAAAGUUCACGGAGAUCCUCCAUUGUCUCUAUCCAGGUUGGCCUACUCUACUUCAGACCAAAGCAAUGGAUCAGACUAGAUUCGCGUUAGCCCCGCCCACUGACUUUGAUGGGUCAGUUUGACAGUUUUAAGUAAUUCAUGAAUCACUGCAAUGCAGGAUCAUGAAAUGUAAAUGUAAAUAGUGAAAUAAUUAUAUAUGUAUUUUACAUAAAAUGAAUCGGUAUUUGAAUUAAUUAAUGAUACAUUUAAUUACACAUUUAUGUAUUUAAUUCUAAUUUUAAUUAAUUAAUGACACAUUUAGAAUUAUUUAAUGGUGGUAUUUAUUUAUUAAUUGUGGCACUUUUAGUCCUCCAUAAUAUCCCGUUCAUGCGCUCUGUUUAUUAAAAGAGAACAUUAACUGGAUUUAUUCCACAUCUCCCUCCGUGCAAUGUCUGCAUUGAGCCCCCUACAUUCACCCAUUUGGCUCUCCCUGAUUUCUUGUAUAUAAUCGGUGUAUCUCUCUAAUGUAUCAAGAAUAGGAAAAUGAGUCUAAAGACUAUAAAGAGAAAGGAUACGAAUCGGGUAUAUAUAUGGAUAUAUUAAUCAAGUAUAUGUAUAUAGAGAUGUAUAUCUAUAACUAUAAUGGUAAUAUAUAUAUUUCUGUAUCAUAAAGUUUUACUUCCCCGGUUCAUUUCUCCCGUUUUAAAAUUAAAUUAUAAAAAGGGGGUUUUUUUCCGUUAAAACCAAAUAAAACCUCCCUUCUUUUCCUCCCGGGGUUUUCUCUUUUUUCCUUUUUCUUUCCUUUUUUUUGCUACUUUUUCCCUUUUUUUUCCGCAACAGGAAACGGGGGGGAAGAAGAGGGGAAAGGGGGGAGAGAGGGAAAAGGGGGGAGAAAAGGGGGGGAGAAAGGGAAGGGAAGAAGGGGGGGGAAAAAAGGGGGGGGGGGGGGGGGGGGGGGGGGGGAAAAAAAGGGGGGGGCCCCCCCCCGGGGGGGGGGGAAAACAAAAAAAAACCCCAAAGCCAAUUUUGGGCCCCAAAAAAAAAAAAAACCCCACCCAGAGAAAAGGGAAAGGGGGGAGAGAGAGGGAGCGAGGAAAGGGGGGAAAAGGGAGAGAAGAGGAGAGGAGGGAGAGAGAGAGGAGAGAGAAAGGGGAGAGGCCCGGAAGUACAAGGCGAAUAGAUAUACUAUCUAUGCCCUGUAUCUACUCUGUUCUAUAUAUAUAUUCUAUCAGGUGAUACGCAAUGUGUAUCUGCUAAUCUUACUCAUAUAAUAUACGCCUAGAUAUAUAUAUCUAUAUCGCGAUCUCUCUGCUCUAUCUCAAGUAUCUCACGUCUCUAACUAUCUUCGUCGUCUCUAUCUCUCUAGAUCUAUCUCUCUCUCUCUCUCUCCUCUCUCUCUAUCUCUCCUUCUCUUCUCUCCUCUCUCUCUCUCUCUCUCUCUCUUCUCCAUUCUCUCUCUCUCUCCUUGUCUCUCACUCUCUCCCUGUCUCUCUCUCUCUCUCCCUGUCUCUCGUAGGUGUUUUAUUACGCUCAAGCGCCCUUUCCUCUAAUAUUUGAGUUUCACAGUUCUCUGCUUCCCUCUAGUGAUUUACCUAAAUAAACCAUCUCCACAACACUCACUGUAUCUAGUCUAGUGGGCCCUCAGGUCAUCACAACUCCUCACUGAGUCAUGUUUAUACAAUGGUCUAUUUCAACCAGUUUGUGGUCUGACCCUGACCCCUGACACACUGCAGAAUCUAGAAUAUUUAUAUGUAUCUCUAUGUAACACUGUGACCUGUGAUCUGUCCCCCUGCUCUGCAGCGUUCCUGUGGUUUGCGUGUGACUUUGGCUGGGCCAACGACCCCUCGUUCUGCAGUUGGACCUCAGAGGACAGCAGCUUCAGAUGGCAGAUACAGUCCAGCGGGACGCCCACGCUCAACACUGGACCCAACAUGGACCACACAGGUACAGACACACAGACACAUCAACAACAUAAGCUAAUGAUAACUGUAUAAGUCAUUUAUAUCCAGUGUACGUACUCUUCUGACACCUUGUAUCACACACUAUUUAUUUUUCUAAGUCCUUCAUGACAAAGCUGGUCAUACGUAUUCUAACUGUCAAAACCAAGGUUUGGCACUAGGUGAUUUGUUUUCCCACCACUACCUUUUAGCUGAAGAGUGAUGACAUCACAUAUUCCUUUUCUCAUUGGCCCUUGCCCCUUGUCAUGUCCCAUCCAGGUGGAUCUGGUAAUUUCAUCUACACCCUAGCGACGGGGGCCCAGGAAACGGAGGUUGCUAGGCUGGUCAGUCCGGUGGUGACAGUCGGUCAGUCUGACCUGUGCGUGUCGUUCUGGUAUCACAUGUUUGGCUCGCACAUCGGCACGCUACACAUCAAACAGAGAAAGGAGACAGUGGACGGCAUGGCCGACAUACUUCUGUGGACCGUCAGCGGUCACCAGGGCAACCGCUGGAGAGAGGGACGCGUGCUGGUGCCGCACUCCAGUAAACCCUAUCAGGUAUGGAGAGAGUUCUCUGAUCUAUAGGAUUGGACAGAUCAAUGUAGUAUGUCUCAUAUACAUUACAACUACAUUAUAUAUACAAAAGUAUGUGAACACCCCUUCAUAUUAGUGGAUUCGGCUAUUUCAGCCACACCCGUUGCUGACAGGUGUAUAAAAUCGAGCACACAGCCAUGCAAUCUCCAUAGACAAACAUUGGCAGUAGAAUGGCCUUACUGAAGAACUCAGUGACAAAUCUCUGCCCUGCUAGAGCUGCCCCGGUCAACUGUAAGUGCUGUUAUUGUCAAGUGGAAACGUCUAGGAGCAACAACGGCUCAGCCGCGAGGUGGUAGGCCACACAAGCUCACAGAACGGGACCGCCGAGUGCUGAAGCGCGUAGCGCGUAAAAAUCAUCUACCGAGUACCAAACUGCCUCUGGAAGCAAGGUCAGCACAAGAACUGUUAGUCGGGAGCUUGGUGAAAUGGGAUUCCAUGGCCGAGCAGCCGCACACAAGCCUAAGAUCACCAUACACAAUGCCAAGUGUUGGCUGGAGUGGUGUAAAGCUUGCCGCCAUUGGCUGGAGUGAUGAAUCACGCUUCACCAUCUGGCAGUACAACGGACAAAUCUGGGUUUGGUGGAUGCCAGGAGAACGCUACCUGCCCCAAUGCAUAGUACCAACUGUAAAGUUUUGUAGAGGAGGAAUAAUGGUCUGGGGCUGUUUUUCAUGGUUCUGGCUAAGCCCCUUAGUUCCAGUGAAGGGAAAUCUUAACGCUACAGCAUUCAAUCACAUUCUAGACGAUUCUGUGCUUCCAACUUUGUUUCAACAUGACAAUGCCCCCGUGCACAAAGUGAGGUCUAUACAGACAUGGUUUGUCGAGAUCGGUGUGGAAGAACUUGACUGGCCUGCACAGAGCCCUGAUGUCCACAGAGCCCUGACCUCAACCCCAUCGAACACCUUUGGGAUGAAUUAGAACGCCGACUACAAACCAGGCCUAAUCGCCCAACAUCAGUGCCCGACCUCACUAAUACUCUUGUGGCUGAAUGGAAGCAAGUCCCGGCAGCAAUGUUCCAACAUCUAGUGGAAAGCCUUCCCAGAAGAGUGGAGGCUGUUAUAGCAGCAAAGGGGGGACCAACUCCAUAUUAAUGCCCAUGAUUUUGGAAUGAGAUGUUCGACAAGCAGGUGUCCACAUACUUUUGGUCAUGCAACGUAUGUUUGAUAUGUAUAAAUGCAACACUUUUUUAAUUGCAGGGCCCGUUUCGUUUGAUUAGUGCUACUUAGUAAUUAGAGAGAUGAUCAAAUUUAAUUGGGAAAUGAGUUGUUGAGAGGUUGUUCUAAGGUUAUUAAAAGGUUGUUCUCUCUUUCUUCCAGGUGGUGAUUGAAGGGUUGGUGGAGAGGAAGAGUUGGGGUGAUAUCGCUGUGGACGAUAUCAAGAUCCUGGACAAUCUGAACAUGGCUGACUGCAAGGGUGAGUGUUACGUCGCUACAUUGAUCCUUCAAGCCGGAUUUGAACCAGUGACAUAAGAACACCAGUCUGCACAGGCCUAACAUUUAGGGAAUGUUUCGCAGACACAGAUUAAGCAUAGUCCUGGACUAAAACGCAAACUCAAUACAGACUCGCCAUUGAAAGUGCUUUUUUGUCCAGGACUAGGUUUAAUCUGUGUCCCGGAAACCGGCCCUCUAUGUCAUGUUCAGUGUAAAGAGUGAGAUGAUUUUUCUACUAUUGUGCUGGAGGGAAGGACUUCUAACUAUCUCUCUGUCUUCCUCAACAGAUCCUGAUGUUCCUACAGAGUCCAUGCUGCCUGAAGACAGAUUCAAUGAAAUCAGUAAGUCACAUUACAUAUUGAUAGAAAAUGUUUGAGAUGACUGUAGAUUUCACUAAUACGUCCAUCUGCUCAACGUCUUCCUCACUCUCUCUUCUCUGUAACACACAGCUUAGGAAUUUAGUGUUGAAAAAUAAGCAAAAAAAGCAUUGUCCAAACAUAUGCAACAGCUAUCUACAAAGCUGUAGAUUUCUCUGAAUAGUGGGAUGGUUGAAUAUGAAAUAAAUGUUGUCCUUCUAGGUCCCAUUACGCCUGUCUACUCACCCUCUUCUUCUUCUCUCCUGUAGUGGUGGACAUCACAGAUUUCCCUGAGAUCGUGGAGAGCAAUGAGAUCCUCAACGGUGUCAGUGGUGGGGCAGGUAACAUGCUGAAGACACUGGACCCUAUCCUCAUCACCAUCAUCGCUAUGAGCGCCCUAGGGGUCUUCCUGGGGGCCAUCUGUGGGGUCGUCCUCUACUGUGCCUGCUCACACGGCCACAUGUCCGACAGGAACUUAUCCGCUCUGGAGAACUAUAACUUUGAGCUGGUGGAUGGAGUCAAGCUAAAGAAGGACAAACUCAACUCACAGAACUCAUACACAGAGGCGUGA